UCUGCGGCUGAGAGUAAGGAAAGAGUUCCUUCUAGACUGCCUGGGUCUGUGUAAAGGAAUAAUAGCAAGCCUCUGCUACGUGCUGGCACUGCAAGGGACACAGCAUUCUCUGCAAUAGUUAGUGAAAAAGACAAGCUCGUUCACGGGAAGCACAAAGGGAGACUGGUCAAGUAGUGGGAUGCAGAAUACCAGCCAAAUGAAUGCUUAGCAGAAUGUGAAGAUAUGCCUGCAAUCCUCAAAAGAUUAAUGAGUCAGAUCUGCAUUCAAGAGAGAGAGAGAGAGAGAGAUUGGGCCAGAUACUGCUGUCUUUGUACAAUCAAAACUCCCAUUGAAGUCAAGGAAGCACCAACAAAAACAUACAUAAGGAUCAUCUACCUACACAUGAAAUGUGCUAAAUACAAUAAAAUGUGCCGAGUCACAAGCAGGGAGACUUAAUCUGAAUUCUUUUCCUGGAGGAGCUGGUUGUCCGUAGAUAUGGCUUCCUAUGGGAAUGAGAUAGAACGAUGGAACCUCAAGCAAGCUGGCAGAAUUGCAGAACUGUUGGAGCCAGUGGCCUCACCUGAUUAUGGAAACAGGCUCUCGCCACUUAAAUCCAUCAGCAGCAUAGACCACCUCUUAGACUCUGCUUACAGCUCUUUCUCUGGUGGCUCAAACGUUCCAGAAUAUCAUCCUCCAUCAUAUUAUAAUGAAAACUAUUGUCUGCCCUUAGAGCAGUUGCCAUAUAUGGACUCGGAAUAUGUAAAAGGAAUUUAUAAUCCUAAUGCAAUAAACUCUGAUCCUAAACCCACACAUCAGCACAAGUCACUGGAGCUGAGUAGUCAUCAGAACUCCGACAAUACUGGGCUCAGUGGACAAUACAGAAGCACUCCUACCCAUGGGACUUUAUAUCAGCCACCAUCACCUCUGGCUUUACCCCCUCAUCCACCAUCACCACCAGCACGACUUCAUAGCUAUAAAGCUACCAGAAAUUUUGAAAAUACAAGAGGGAAAUCUAAUUCUGGAAAUCAUUUUGACCAUAGUGUGCAACUAGCUACUUGUGCUCAGGAUAUUAGCAAUGUCCUUCUCCCCUCUGAUUCAGGGACAAACUGGGUAUCCAGGUCAAAGAAUGAGGGGCUAAUGACCGAGGAAAACGAAGAGAGGGAUCCAUCCCAAGAUGGCACAAAGCAAAACAAGCCUCAUGUUUUCAUCAGACCCUCGUCUAUUAUUUUUCAAGAAUAUUUAAAAUCUGAUUCUUUGGCUAAGACCCCAGAUCUUUUCUGUACUCAGAAUUCAGUCCAAGCUUAUAAAAUUCCUGAGGAGAUGACCUCUAAGUCCUCUCAUUCACUGCAUACCAACCUCAGUGCUGUUAAUGAUACACAAGAGAACAAACAGUAUCUUUUUGCCUGUGGUGUACACAAACCACUCUUUAGAGAAGCAGGUUUGCAAAGCCGGGUCUCAGAAUCCAGCCAACAAAAGGGACAGUUUCCCUGCAUUCAGUGCCCAGGCUGGACUGAAGAGUAUUCAAGCUUGGAUCAGGAUGUAUUGGAGAGUAGUGCAGGCUUAAAAUACAUGGACAGUUCUCUUCCAAGUGAAGAUAUGUCGGAGAAACUGAACAGCUCUGAGGACAAGAAUCGGUGCUCCGGCUCCAAAGAAGAAAACAGGAAUGAUGUUUGGGAACUACUUCCCAAUCAACAGAUCAAAAUGCAGAAAUCACCACUGUCCGACUGCUUGGAUGGUAUAGAAACAGAGCCUACUCACCAUGGGGAAUUGGAUUUUGGAAAUAAGCAAUUUUCUGAUAGUGCUGACCAAACAUCUUAUUACAGACCAAACGAUGACUCCCCAUCCCAAUUUCUAAAUGGACUCCAGAGAGAAACACAAGCUAACAAUAGCGGUCCUGACCUUAGCAUGAACCCAAAGGAAGAGGACAUCCUAAAUCCUGUUCAUCAUAGAAAACACCAACUUGAAUUUCAAAAGAAGCUUGAAAGGCAGCCUCAGGAUGAUUCUGCCAGUGAAAAGAUAAACAGGCAGACAACUCCUCUCCUUUAUUACCUUUCUGGUGGGAAAAACACCAACAUUCUGAGUCACAAAAAUCACACUCAGCAAGAUGAGGACUCAGGGAGUUUGCCUAAGACCUCUCCAAGGAGCAAUCGCCCUGUUUCUGCACAACCUAUAGAGAUACAAAGAGAAAUUAACCAGCUUCAAAAGAACAAACACCAUCUUCAGUGCACAGGGGAUGAUACCAUUAAUGAGACUGGUGAUGUAAUUCUGGGGAGCUCUGCUUCAUCAGUGGAUGAGAGUUUCAAGAAUGAUUACAGGGAAAAACUUAAAGUUGCUCAAAGAAAGGUCCUGAGAGAAACAUCUUUCAAAAGAAAGGAUUUACAGAUGAGUUUGCCCAUAAGGCUGAAGCAGAAACCCUCCAAAAGACCUUCAAUUGAUCAUCUCAGAUCGUUGUCCUUAUCCAGUGCAAAUGAGGAUGCUAAAUUGAUUCAUCCUCCCAAGUGUCUGGAAAACAGCAGUAAAGAUGAAGAAACAAAGAGGCCACAAGCUGCUCGAAUAGGAGGAAGAAAAAGGAUAACAGAAGAACAAAAGAAAUUGUGCUAUUCUGAACCCGAGAAGCUCAAUAAACUGGACGAUCAGCAAGAUCAGGGUGUACCAUGGAGGGAAGAAAGCACAGGGGUCAGGUCGGAUGAAAUUAAUGAACAAGAUGCAAUGGCAGGCAGAAGAAAGAUUCUGGAAAACCGAGGGAGUGCGCUUGCCAGUUCCAAUCUCUCCAAGACCGAGUUGAAGCAAAUCCAGCAUACUGCACUUAUUGAAUACAUGGAACGAAAGAUUGCACAAAGGCCCGCUAGUGCUCUGCAGAAACCGCCCCUGCAGAAAAGGCCUUCCAAUGCUAAGAGGCUUCCUGAGGGCAAGACUUCCAGUGCAGAUAUUAGCAGAAAGACCCAAAAUAAUGAGGUAAUCUGCCAAUUUCUCUCUCCAGAAAGAAUUCCAGAACCCUCCCCUGCUUUAAUUGCCACAGGGAUCUGGACCAGUAGACACAGUGCUAGUUCUUCUGCUACUGAGGCAGUACAUUCAAAACCCAAGUCUGCUGCCAGGGAAACAGACAGAAACUGCACCGGCAAAUGUGCUUCAGCUGAAAAUCUCCUUCCAUCAGAGACUUCUGCAUCCAGCAAAGAUCGAGAACGAUCAAAAUCAUCUCCUUCUCCUGCAUGGGACCUUCCUAGAUGUACAACUUUCCCAGCAUCAUCAAUUCAAGGUUGUGAAAACUAUCCAAUCAUCCCCAGCUUUCUAGCAAAGAAUGAAGUCGAGUUGGCAGAGGAAAAAGACUGUGUGAGAGAUGAAAAGCAGCGAGUCUGCACAGCCAGAGGAAGAGGAAAGUCUAUGGAAGAAAUUGGAAUUUCAGAAACUGUAAGACUUUCAUUGUUGAGCCAAAGCACAGAUCAGCUUCAUCACAUGAAAAGCCUGUACAUCUUGCCAGUGCCUGGACUUGAACGUGGUAAAAACAGCUCAGCUGCAAACCAUCAAAGUGAUCUGCACAGCACCAAGUCUGUAUCAGGAAAUCUGCCCAUACAAACAAAUACUGAAGACAUUGUGGGGCUCAAGAGAUCAGAUACAAUAGUCCAAAAACUUGAAAGGCUUCCUAGCACAACAAAGCCCUAUGGCAUUUCCUUAAGUACUGAAAAUCUACCCCCAUGGUGUGUAUCCUCCCUGGGCACAUUGCAAUCUCCACUACUACAUUCAGAGUCUCCUCUUCACUCUCCACUGCCCCUGUCUUCUGUGGAAGAAGACAAUGUUUUCUUCAAUGACUCCGUCACUAAUGGCUUAGAAAUAACGUCAAAGCCUUCUUGUCUCUAUGGACAAAUUGAUACUUUAGUUUCAAGGACAGACAUGCCAGAAUCUCUCCUGACAGUUGCCUUGGAGGGAAAGCAAAGUAAAGCAGAACAAAAAGCCAGACUCCAGAUUCCUGAGAAAGACGAAUCCAGUCUUGGGAGUAGGAAUGAGGAGAAUAAAGACAGUAGUGGAGUUGUGAAUUCAUGUUGUCCAGAUGUCAAGGAACUAACUCCUGAAAUCCCUAUUCUGUUCCCCAGAAGAGGAGGCAAUGAAGAGACUCAGGUGGAAAAAGAAUGCAGAGUAAAAUGUCUGGCUGGAAAUGCUUCAAAGGGAACCCCCCGUCUUCAAUUAGAGGCAAAUGAUAUUGCACUUUCCCAGGAAAAAAUAAAUUGCCACAUGGCAUCAUCAGCUCAGUCCGAGCAAGGAGAUAAAAUCAGUAGUUCAGCCUUAAAUGAAAAAGCAGCAUACAACAGCCAGAAUCGUGUCCUGCCAGAAAAGGAGACAGAUUUUCCUAAAAGGAGACUGAAAUCCCCUGAAGACCAGAGAUAUGAAGAACUUGCUAUGGAAAUCAUUGCCAAAGACAAUUCUCUGGCUGAUAUCCUCAUCCCUUGUCCUACUAGAAAAACUGCACUAGACCUCCUGGAGGGCCUUUUUCCUGUUAACAUUUCAGUGUCUGACAGAUCACACAGGAAUAAGGGAGCUAGGAUGAGAGAAGAGGUGCAGCCUGUUCUAGAAAAUGAUAGCAGGAAAAGUAUUGACGGUCCAACAGAACCAUGUUCUGAAGCUGAACGCAGUGCAGGUCACAGUACAGAAGAUCCCAAUUCUAACAUGAACCAAAUCCUGAUUAAGAAUGGAGAUGGCUCAAGUGACCUUGAUGACAUCACUUCCAAGAAAAAGGAACUUAUUUCUAGCAUCCAAUCAAAACUGCACACCCUCUGGGAAGAAAGGGAACUUGUCCUAUCCGAAACCAAGGAGUAUGCUCUGCGUGGCAAAGAGCUAGAGGCAAUGGUACAAGAUGUCUGCAAGCCCAAUGAAUAUGAGCGCUACCUGAUGUUCAUUGGUGAUCUGGAAAAGGUAGUGAGCCUGCUGCUCUGUUUGUCCAGCCGCCUCGCUCGCGUCCAAAAUGCCAUGAGGAAAAUCAACGAGAAUACAGAUGCUGAGGAGAAGCAAUCAUUAAAUGAGCGGCACAACCUCCUGUCUAGACAGCGGGAAGAUGCAAAAGAUCUGAAAGAAAACCUGGAUCGCAGGGAAAGAGUGGUUUCUGGUAUCCUUUCCAAAUACCUGACUGACAAGCAACUCCAGGACUACAAACACUUUGUUCAAGUGAAGACCUCUUUACUGAUUGAACAGAAAGACCUUGAGGAGCAGAUUAAAUUUCUCGAGGAGCAGCUGGAGAGCCUAGAGAAGAGCAUCCUGCUCUGAUGCACAGCAACGGGCCACCCGCUUUCAGGAAUGGAGGAACUGGGCAUUGUGUUGGAACUCCGCACAUAUUCACUGCAUUGCUGCUAAGACAUGAACAUGGAUCAGUUUGAUGAAUUCCUAUUAGUGUCACAGUGUUGAUAAGUGCUUAGAUGGUCUAGGGACAUGUUGGAAGGGUUUUUCUCUUUGGAUGAUCUGAAUGACAAAAUCUUACAGCAUGUAGCAGAUUGCAUCUUGAAAAUGACUGAUGAGACGUGUCACCCUUAUUAAUUUGACAUUUUCCCUUCUCCCUGUCAUCUGCCCGUCUGUUUCCAGACUGACAUCAUCUCAAUAAAAGAAUCAUAAAAAUAUUUUCUCUUUGUGGGUGGGUUGAAUAUUCAAAAUAAGAAAUGAUGUGGGUGUUUGAAUUGUGAAUUAAACAGAAGAUAAACAACUCCAAAGCACAAUGCCAUGGGCCACUUAGUGAAACUCCUCUGACAGUGUAAUGAUAGCUGUCCCCAGUUAAUACCUAGGAGUGACAUGUAAUAUUGUCACGGGAAUAACACUGAGCUCUUUUCAUCAGCAAUAAUUCCCAUGGCCUUUUGUGACUCUGCAGCUGUAGAAUUCAAUUGCUAUUCCAUCUGAAUCUGGGUGAGAUGUUCAACAGAAAACUCAUGAGGGCCGCAGGAAGAGCUGUGGGCAUGGGUUCCCGCAGGCCACAGAGAAGUAUUUAGUGGUGAAGUUGACAUAAAGGGAUGCUCUCAAAGAUGGUAAAUCCCAAAAUUGCAUCUAUCCUAGCUAUCUGCAAAGUCCACGCAAUGCUUUCUAGGGGACUAUUUUUCAAAUUAUUGCUACACGGCUUGUUUGUUUUUCUUCACUUAGUGCCAGUCACCCAGCAUUAUUAUGGACCCUGCCAUGAAAAAACACUGUGCUGUGAUACAAAGUGGUUGAAUUUUGAAGAGUUUUUGUAAACCAUGAGUUUAAAAAAAAAAAAAAAAAAAGACUUUAAAAGAUGGGAAAAUUCCUUGACAAUCAGGGCCGGCUCUAGCAUUUUUGCCGCCCCAAGCAGAAAAAAAAAAAAAAGCCGUGAUCGCAACCGCCGGCAGCUCUACCGCUGCCAUUCAUUCUACGAUGGCAAUUCGGCAGCAGGUCCUUCGCUCUGAGAGGGAGUGACGGCCCCACCGCCAAACAGCCGGACAUGCCGUCCCCCUCUUCAUUGGCUGCCCCACGCACCUGCUUGCUAGGCUCGUGCCUGGAGCCGGCCCUGUUGACAAUGUCCUUUUAAAAUAAUGUGUAUUGAAGGUCUUUCAAGUGAUAUUACUGUAUUGAAAUUGUUUCAUUUAAUACUCCUUUACCACUAGGUGUAUCAGCUGUAGGUUCCCUGAACAUCAAAUGAGAAUCUAACUGGAGCUUCUUCCAGAUCUGGGCAAGAGGAGAAGGCAGGUCUUGAUAUUUUCACAAGUGACAGAAGUCACCAACAUUUGUUAUACUGAGAAAAGGAGACAGUUUUAUCCCCUGCAUCAGAAAGGAAAGCUCCUUCGGUCUGAUGUGGCAUAGAAAGUUUUCAUGGUUGAUGCUCAUGGAACUUUCAGACGCGCAACAGCCAGUGUUCAUAGAACCAUGUUGCAAAUAAAACUCACUAUUAAUUAUCAUCCUUUUCCCCCCCUACCAAAUAUUGUGGGUUUUUUUCCUUCAGAGCUUUGAGGUUUCCCUCUCCACUUAUACAUACUGCUCUCUACCAUUAAAUACUUCACUCAGUCACACGUGGAGGUGGCUCUCUGGGACUGGCCAACUCUCAUAUCUGCCAGCGGAGGUUACUAAAGCAUGAGAACAAGAUACCCCCUGUAGCAAGUUCCCACUCCUGGAUGGUCUGAUUUCUGAUCUCCAUAUUACACUGCCCCAAAGACCCUCCCACCCAUCCCCCUUUCCUGAUUUGCUCCAGCUUUAUCUGCUUUUCUGGGAUCAGAUGCAGUGUGGUGGCAUUCUUCUAUGUUGGCACUUCAGUAAGGGCAUACUAAGCACAAAUUAUGUGGGAUAGCCCUGCAAACAAGGUGAUUCCUCCUGUCCACGUCCACGUCCCCCCCCCAUGCCUUUGUUAGCAGUAUGGAAAAGGUUAAUCUUUAUUUUGUAUAAUUGAUAUCAGUAAAAAAACUCUAUUCCUCUUGGCUCAUCUUGAACAAAAGUCCUCCAGACUCGGAGGUGAGAUGAGUAAUUAAAAAGACAUGUUCUCAUUAUUUUUCAGUUCUUGCCUUGUCACAUGACUUGCUGAAUGUGGAGGAUGUCUGGUUACUUACUAUGCAGCUGUACAAUAAACGGAACCAUGGUUCGAUACAGCCCAGACACCAGUGAAAUUGUGCUCAAAGAGGCACCGGUCUUUGGCUGUAGAGCUUUGACGCUCACGUUUUCUCAGAGGGAAUUGCUUCUAAAGCUCAGCUCGCAUGCAGGUUUCACAACACAGAGCGAAAAAUACCCUGUCAGUGAUGCUACAAAGAGCCUUUGCUGCUAUAAGCCUUGCCUUCAAUUCUUGAAAGUCUGUGAUUCACGUACUGUGUGCUGCCUGUCUUUUACAUGUAUUUGGUAUAAGGCACAGAACUGCUUGGCUUAGGAAGCAGACAGCAGUGAGUUGAAACCAAAUAACUUAAAGUUUAUAACAGAAAUAUUUAUUUAACAGUCAAGAGAGCUCGAUGUCCCCAUCUUACAGAAACACCCACAACCAGGGACGGGGGUAAGGAAAGGUCAGUGAGGACCCCUGAGGAGUUUUACUCAUACUUCCAACAUGGGAGCUGGGGCGGAUUUUGAGCCUCCCCCACAGAACAGUCAGUGGCUCAGCUCCAGAUGACCUACAUGGAGCGAUGGGAAUCCACUGGAGGCCAGGGCCAUCUGUACAAAAGGUUACUACUGGCCAUCUUCCUGGAGCUCUUCCCCUGCGAUCUUCUAAAGGAGUGUUCCACAGCAGAGAAGGGGCUUAGCAGAAAACUGUGAAAGCUUCAGGCUUUAUGGACUUUGCAAUGGAUCUCUUGCAGAAUUGGGAAUGGAGCCCAUCCUAGCAAUCCACAAAGCCCCGUCCACAUGAGGGCCUCCUUUGCAUGAGGAGCCAAGUGCAAUAUUGCCAAUGCCAAGCAUUCAAAAAUAAUGCAUCAGGCUCUCCCCAGUCAUGAAACUGGCUUAAAAUCAUGUUCUAAUUGGUAAUAAUUUUGUGGGUUUUUUUUAAUUUGCAUACUUUAGUAUUAGGAUACACUCAAGCCACAUUUUCAAACUUUCAUCUGCAAUCAUUUUUCUUUGUAAUCCCACCCCCAGACCUUUUUUUUUUUUUUUUUUUUUAAAUGAAAGCAGAUUCUCACAUAUUCACAGGAUUCCAAGAGCUGGGGCUUGAAGAAAACCACCAAGUAGCAUGAGACUUGUGAUAAAAUUGUGAAAGCUGUUGACAUGGCAAGUAGUACAAUCUGCCCCCAAAAUACUAUUCUGGUCUUAUGUCCAGUCCAAACUGUGUCUGCCUUAGUGAUGGGACUAAUUUUAGUGAACUCAAUACUGGUAUGAGCAGAAUUUGAAAAGUCAGUAGUUUGUUUUAGACUCCAUAUGAAUUUUUUAAAGAGAUGUUAUGCAUUUCAACUGAAUAUUUUAGCACAAUUUAUCAAAACUGACUGUGGCAUUUUUAAAUGUUUCUUUCCUCCCCCUUCCCAAAAACUGGGUUAGUGUAAAUUAAAUGCAGAUGAUAUUUCUAUGUAUUUAAACAUUUAUUAAGCCAUGUUAGUGCUUUGGAAUGUUGGUUAUGUUGAAAUAUAGAACUAUGGACAGAGAAAUAACACAUUUCUUUCCAACCA